UAGAAGCAAGCCAUAAGCAACUUUUCGACCAUGUCUUCAUCCGAAACAUCCGAGUUGACGGAGCGCAUUUUGAAGUAUUUGGAGGGCGUGGAGCAGGUGGACAGCCUGCGGCUGGCCGAAGAGCUCGGUAUCGAGCAUCAGCUGAUUGUGGGCGCCGUGAAGAGCAUUCAGGCGCAUGGCGAGCGGCUGCUGCACGUGGAGCCCGUCACGCGCAAGUCGCUCGAGCUGACCGAGGAGGGGCAGGAGGUGGCGCAGAACGGCAGCCACGAGGCGAAUGUCUUUGCCUCGGUGCCGGAGGAGGGCAUCAAGCGGACGGACCUGUUGGCAUCUGGCGGUGCCAGCGUAUGCCUGGACAGGAGCGUGGAGCCGCCGCUCGUGCGCCGCAAGGUGAGUGCGAUUAGGGAUCCGGUGCUUGAUCACCUGCUGCAGCUGUCCGAGCUGUCGGCCAGCGAUGUGGUCGAGUUCAAGAGGCUGGUGCAGGAGCCGACCAUCGAGAGCCUGCUGCUCAGCAAGGGCCCCGAGUUCGGCACGGCGCUGGCCAAGCUGGCGACGGACCUGACCAUGGACAUGCUGACCAGCGGGGAGUGGGAGGAGCUGCCAUUUAAGCCCUACAACUUCGAUGCGCUGGGCGCGGUGCCGGCGCGCGGACAUCUGCAUCCGCUGCUGAAGAUGCGCAGCGAGUUCCGGCAGAUCUUUCUCGAGAUGGGCUUCGCGGAGAUGGCCACCAACAACUAUGUGGAGCCAUCGUUCUGGAACUUCGACUCGCUCUUCCAGCCCCAGCAGCAUCCGGCCCGCGAUGCCCACGACACGUUCUACGUCAAGCAGUCGACCGGGUCUCGGGGCUACGGCUACAACUGGCAGCUGAUCGAGGCCGAGAAGAAUCUGCUGCGCACGCACACAACGGCCGUGAGCGCGCGCACCCUGUACCAGCUGGCCACGCGGCCGAACGGCUUCAAGCCGGCCAAGUUCUUCACCAUCGACAAGGUGUUCCGCAACGAGGCCCUCGAUGCCACACACCUGGCCGAGUUCCACCAGGUGGAGGGCGUCAUCGCGAAUGUCGACUUCACCCUGGGCGAUCUAAUCGGCACGCUGCAGGAGCUCUUCCGCAAGCUGGGCAUCGAGGAGCUGCAGUUCAAGCCCACCUACAGCCCGUACACGGAGCCCAGCAUGGAGAUCUACUGCUACCAUUCCGGCCUGGCCGAAUGGCUCGAGGUGGGCAAUUCGGGCAUCUUUCGGCCCGAGCUGGUGCUGCCCAUGGGCCUGCCCCCCGGCGUGAAUGUGCUCGCCUGGGGCCUCUCGCUCGAGCGGCCCACGAUGAUCAAGUAUGGCAUCAACAACAUAAGCGACUUGGUCGGACCCAGGGUGGACCUCAAGAUGGUCGAGGACGGGCCAAUUUGUCGCCUCGACCACAAUUAGCUUGCAUGCCCUUUGCAGCACUGUCGU